AUGGCAGCCCGGUCAAACAUGGUCGUUCCCGAGCACGGCGGCGUACUUGACAUUGGAGGCGGCCAAAUGUCGUCAAACAUACUCGAAAACCUGCGCCGCGUCUUCGUCGUGGCCAAGAACCCCGUCGUCGGCGGUGAGUUGCCCACCAUGCCCGACGAGCUUCUGUACGACGACAAGGGCCUGGCUAUCUGGGCCGACAUCAUCUUCACGCCCCAGUUCUACCAGACGCGCGACGAGAUCGCCUUGUUCGAGAGGAACAGCGGGGAGAUGGCGGAGCACUACAUCCCCGACAACGCCACGCUGAUCGAUCUGGGCGCAGGAGACAUGCGCAAGGUCAACUAUCUGCUCGAGGAGCUGGCGCACCGCGGCCGCAAGGCGACCUACCUCGCUCUUGACAUCUCGAAGCAUUCGCUGACCUCCAACCUCGAGGACCUUGCCCCCGGCCACGUCGGCGGCAGCGUCCACAUGGCGGGCCUCUGGGGCGACUUCCAGGCCGGCCUCGCCUUUGCCGAGACCAUCACGGCCGCCCCCCGCGUCUUCCUCUCCCUCGGCUCCGUCCUCUUCAACGACCCCUGGAAGAAGGCGGUCGCCUCCCUCCGCGACUGGGCCGCCCUCAUGCGCCCGGGCGACCUCAUCCUCGCCGGCAUGGACGGCCACGACGUCACCUCGGACAAGGUCUGGGACGCCUACCACAGCCACCCGGCCCUGUUCGAGAGCUUCUUCUACAACGGCUUCGCGCACGCCAACGCCCUUUUGGGGGAGCCCAUCUUCCGGCCCCGGGACUGGGACAUCUGCGCCGAGAUCGAGGAGGACGAGAAGCGCCACCGCUUCUUCGUCAAGGCCAAGCGGGACGUCGUGUCGGAGACGCAGGGCACGACGUUGAGGGCGGGUCUCGAGAUUGACUGGUUCGACGCCCACAAGCGGUCCGAGAGGGACGUCCGCAAGAUGUGUGCCGAGGCGGGUCUCGAGGUCGUCAAGUCGUGGGCCAUUGACGGCUCCGACAUGCGGCAGUAUCUCAUCCGCAACAACCCCGACGCCGGAACCGAGAGCUCGUCUGACGAGAAGGAUAGUGCCAUCUCUGUCAGCGGGGAGUAA